UGAUGGAUCGGCGUAUGGCUGAAUUAUAGUUGAAUUUAUUGAAAACUUGAAAAGCUACUCUUACUAGUAAUAUUGAGAAACUGGUUUUCAACUAAUAGAAUAAGUCAAUUUUUUGUACGAUAGUGCAUUUUUUCUUCUAGAGUUGUUGAAGCUGCUUGCUUGUAUUUUCCAUUUUUUCCUUGGUGAAAAUUGAUUAUCCAAUCACCUGAUGAAAAAAUUUGUGCAUUUUCAUUCAUAGUUUGCAGUCACUGUAUCGUUAGCUGUGAUGAAAUAACAUUAGAGUGUUUCACUCUGGUGGUUUAGUAGUGCAUACUAGGAAGUACAAUGUCUGCUGCAUUUGCUCCUCAACGUGGCCCUAGGCCACCUCCAGAUCCUAAACAAAUUCAGAGGCUAUUGGACGAAAACGGGAGUCUUAUUCAAACUAUACAGGACUAUCAAAGCAAAGGUAAAUCCCAAGAAGUUAUGCAGCUACAGACAACCCUUCACAGAAAUUUGGUUUUUCUGGCUACAGUAGCUGACUCUGCACAAAAUGUAAACUCUCUCUUACCUAUGAUUCAACCUCCAGGUCCAGGGGGUGGACCUCCCCAGCCUAAUCACACACCACCAACAACAGACCAACAGCAUAAUAUGAAUAAUUUCAAUCAUCAGCAACAACCUCCAGGUCCUGGAGGACCAUACAGACAGCAGCAAGUUCCGCAGAGACCUGGCCUUCCUGGUCCUCAUCAGUAUCCUCAGAGAGGUUACUCCCAAGGACAGUACCCUGGUCACUAUCAGCCUCAAGCACCUGGAUAUCCUCAAGGGGGUCAGUACCCUCCCCCAAGUCAACCACCAUAUGCAUCUAAUGCACCUCAAGGGACUUACGGACAACCACCAGCAGCCAGUGGUGGUCAUAAUGCUUACCAACAACCAGGUUAUGUCACGUCAUCUUCCAAUGGGACUCCCACUCAGCCCAACACAGCCCCAGGACCUUACCAACCCCCAGGAGGCUCCUCUCAAAAUCCACCAACCCAAUACCCUCCAAACGGCGCUCCUUAUGCCAACAGUGCCCCUCCUCAAAACUAUCCUCCUUCCCAGCAAAAUUAUCCACCACAGCAAUCCCAGCCUGCUCAGCCGUCCUAUCCAAACCAAUCCAGUGGGGCUCCUCAGAAUUAUUCGACCAACAACCCUCAACCUCCACCAUUCUCAAACACUCCAACUAAUAGCUUCAGUCCUGCUGUAACAUCUGCACCUAAUGCGCCCGCUCCAGUGACUUCGCAGGCUUAUCAACCCCCUUAUCCUCCAAACUCCCAGCCAUCGAAUCCAAAUGCAAGUUACAACUCCCCUCCGAAUCAAGGGUAUCCGCCAGGUCCAGGGGGACCUCCGGGCGGCUACGUAUACCCCCCACAGCCUAAUUCUUAUCCCCCUCAGCCACAGUAUCCACAACAAGGUCAAGCGUAUCAAUAUAGACCACCUCCGAACCAAGGCCCUCCGGGUCCACCUCCGCCUCAAGGACAAUAUGCAUACAACUACCCUCCACAACCAGCUCCGCAGUGAAGCCUGGGCAUGAACAAAUGAGGUAUUCGAUGAUAUUUAGUUCAGUGUACUUUUGCUUUGUAAUUUUUAUGUAUUUUGAAUUUCAUGAUUUUCGUAAGAAAUAAAAAUGUCGCUUCUGGACAAUA